CAACCCCAGAUUCCUUCCAAGAAUUCAUCUUCAUGAUUUGGGCAAUAUUGAGCCAUAUCCCUGGCGGUGAUCAACCUCACUGGGAAAAGCAUCAAGGGCCUCGGCCAUCUUGGUUGGACAAUGGCCUUCCAGAACAUUGUGCUCGAUCAAAGCCUGCCAACGAACUUCCAUGCGAUCCUCGGAUGGCUUUUGGGCUGGCGUUAGGCUUGCUAACAAAAUGAAGUCAUUCGAGGCUCUGGGUAAUUGUCUCCUUUAUAUCUUCAUCAAUAUAGCUUUGUUAAGCGCGCCUCUUCCUUUGGCAUUCACCCAUCCUGGAUAUUGUGGCCAGGAUGGCUCCUCUCAAUCCUUCUUCUCUUUGGGUCGACAGCGUCCUUCAUUUGCUCAAAUGCCGGUGAGGUGAUUCCUCCUUCUCAAUUCGCUCCGCCAUUUCGCCUUCGGUGAUUGCUACGAUUCCCAGACGAUAAUUCGAAACAAACAUAUCAGGGUCCUUCCCGGCCUAUCCAGGUACCAUCGGUGGACAUCCGUGGUUGAGCCAGGGCACCUAGCGAUAUUAGCGGCGGAUGCAAGGCCUGGAGCCCACUGCCAAAGGCAUGACGACAGCGGGCACCACGAUGAAAGGGGCUAAGCGGCCCAGACCAAUCGACCUCCCCCAGGGUUUUGGCCGACAUCGUGGGCUCCAUCCAGGAGUCAACAACGAGGGUAUUAUUGUGCACGGCCAUGACCCAUGGGCCUCCUUCAUCCCAGGACCAGGUUUUGUGUCAGGUUCUGCCCUACGCAACGCAACUGGACGUGUCCGUCCUACUCAAAACCGCAAUGUCUGCCACUUCUCCUUUCCUGGCAGAUGGAAACCCUAUCUCGUCCGUCGUCUGUCUCGCCAGGUUCUCACUCUCGACGUUGUCGCCGCUGCCAUAGCCGUCAUGCCGCAUCGACCAAGCACUUCGGCUGGACCUGGAUCCUUCAGGUCAGCAAGUUCGAGGUCAAUUAGCGAGAAACGCAAGUCGAGGGACGACAUGCUACUCACUGUGGAUGGGUGGAGGGGGGCUGAAAGGCUAAAUCCCUUACGCAUGCAACCAUACGUGAUGGAUAUCAGAGGUGGAAACCUGCCAACGCCAGAGGCGAGUCCGGAUCAAGCAGCAGCAUCCAGUAUGACUUCGUUUUUGGCUCCAGCCCCUAUGACUGGCCACGAAUCCUUCAUAACCUCAAUGGAGGUUCCGAUCGGAAUGGCUCUGGGAAGCCCUUCGCAAACCUCCUUAAUUCAACCCAGCUCCUGGCAACCACAAAGCAUCACACCACCUCGAAGGACUCCUUCACCACCACCGCCACCGCCAGCAGCAGCGCCGCAAAUGGUGCUUCAGACAGCGCCUCCAGCACCCCCUCUUCAGAGACGAAAGACGACAAGACAAAGAAUAUUUGGAGCCCUGUUCGGGAGGGGGAAGCAGUCAAAUACAGCAAAGGCCGCCGACCUCAUUUCUGCAAACAGUUCCGCGGUUUCUCUGUCGUCAACAAGCAGUGGACGGGAAGCUGCUGGCAGUGCCGUCCCACCGAGGAACCACGCGAUCAGUGGGAAAAAGGGACAAAAGCAUGUCCCACUACUCGUUAGGUCGAAUACGGAUCUCCCAACAACUACUGUGCCUGUCGAGCCACGGCAGCGGAGGCAGCCACCACCACCGCCGGUGCCUCCAGUAAGUUCUUGGAAUGACCGAUCACGGAGUAUUGCGCCCAACUCGGAGACUAGUGCUCCCUUACGACUUGACGUGGAGAUUCCGAGUAUCACAUUGGAUCGAUACAGCGUCAUGUUUAGUGGAGUUUUGAACCCGCAACAGCAAAAAAGAAACAGCAAAAUGACACUCCUGGAGAGGCGUCAGGCUACGCUCGAAAAGCUCAAGUCCGUCAACGACAGGGCUGUGGUUCAACGCGAAGAGGAGGUAAAACAGUUCCGUAGGGCAAGCUCGCCCCAGCCGACACGAUCACCAUCUUUUUCAACUUUACCACCAAUACCAGGCCGUCAACAACUUGCUGUUCCCCCAAGUCCCCGAUCACGCGCACACUCGUCGCCAGCCGUUAUCCCGUCACCAACGGUAGAUGGGUUUUCUGACUACUUGCAGCCAUUGGAUGCUCCUCCCCCUCGUAGGGAGAAAAAGGGAGUGCCGAUAAUCUCGCCGCGGACAAUAAAAGAGCAGGAACGUGCCGAUCACAAGCAGAGUUUCCUGGAAGCGCAGCAGCAGCAACCGCAUCAUUCUUACCACGAAUCUCAACCGCAGCAGAAGGGCAAAUCAGAGUAUCUUCCUGGUGACGAAAACACUUCUGCCACCCCCAGAAAACCGGAAGUUUGGGAAGAACAGCAACAGCAUCAGUCCAAAUCGGAACAGGCUUUCCCCCCACGCAAAGACUCCCAUUUCGCGCCCGGAGAUUCCACCCUCAUGCUCGAUACCCCUAAGAGCCCACCAGCACAAUUUCUAGACGUCUCGAGUAGCCGCCAGUCGAACGAGCCGAAAAUCGUCAGCCCCUUCCUUCUCAAACCAACCGUCUACCAGCCACCCGAACCGCGGGAAGUGGUUUCAGUCCUGUCAACACGCUCACCCACUUCACCGCCGCCGCAGUCGUCCAUGCCAGAAACGACUUCAUCUCCAAUCCUUAGCCCCGAAAGCCCGUCCCUUCCCACAGCCUCUUCCCCCCUCUUACCUGUUCACAAAGGCCACACUCUCUCCCCCUCCGUCGACCUCGCCGCAGCCGCCGAGGAAGAAGCAGAAGAAGCCGACCCCAUCAUCAAAGCCGCCGUCGAGAUCUCCGUCGCCCGCACCAUCAGCAUCUCCCGCCGCGCCGGCGCCCGACCGAAACGGGUUGAUUCGUGUGCAUCGUCUACACUACCAUCCUCUCCUCCGCCAUCUGGACAGCAACUACGACGCUCCCCCUCGCAGCCCCCCACCCAAUCACGAUCGGGAAGACCUCCUCCGAUCCCCCUUGCCCGCAGCGCCUCCGUCAGCGCCGGUUCUCUGCAGCGCUCGCGCUCUGUGAAAGCCAACCAAAUCACCAUCACGCGCGCGGGAACGCUCAAGGCGCGAGGGCCGGGGGCGGCACCAAAGCUGACAACGACGACACAUGACCUAGACAGUGUGGCCGAGACGAAGCAGGCUACGCCAGCGUUGGUGGCGCCGCCACCGGCAUAACUCCUUAUCAACAGUCCUUGCUUGGCGCGUUCUACUCCUGGGGCUGUCACUCCGGGGACUGCGGGGAGUGGGUUGCUCAAGGAGGUGUUGGCUAGGUUAUAGGAAGAGUGAGAGGGUAGAAAUCUUGACGAGAGAUAUCGCGGAUUUGAGUAACUCCCACAGCGGUAGGGACGAGAGUGGUGUGAAGGUGGGGGUGGAAGUGAAGCCGAAGGCCGCGGUCGGAGCCGGGGACAACUCAUGAGGCCGGAUACAGCUGAAGCGAGAUAUAUCAGUGUUCAGUCUGACGACGGGGCUACAGUGGCGGCCGCUGGUUAAUUUUCUGAGUCCUUUUUCCGUGAUCUAUCACGGAUCAUUUAAAGGGUUGUUCGGGGUUUGCAUUACGAGCAAAGGAGGUUGACGUUGCUAAAAGAAGCGUUGAGUUGUUUACUUUUGAUUCUCGGAAAAACAGUACAUCAUACCAACACCAUAGAACUUCUCUUUUGUAUUUAUUUUGCAUGACGGAAUAGCGCUGGAAGAGAGCACAGGGCAGGCCAGGCCAGGCCAGGCCAGGCGGAGUGCUUUUUAUAUCUUGCAAGUGGGCAGGAAAGGAAGAAAAAGUUGUCUGGUACGACUUUACCCUUAAUACCUAGUGUAUGUAUCCUACGAAAUAUAUUGAUAAUGUUUCCUUUGCAAAA